AUGGCAUUAUCAGGAUUAUUUAUGUUAAAAGCAAUUAAACGUGAACAUCCAUCUAUUUUUACAAUUGUACAAAGUAGUGAUAUUGUAAUUGCUAUUGUAUUACAAAAUCUAUUUACAGAUAUUAAAUCAAAUUGGUAUGUAUUAUUAGGAUCAUUAUUAGUUUUAACCAGUAUUCUAUUAGUGGGCGGUUAUAAAUUAUAUAUCAAUCGUCCACACGAAUUAACGUCUAACAUAGAGGAUGUACCGACUGAGCAAGAAUAA